AUGUCUGGAAGCAAUUCAUUGACAGCAACUUCACCGCGAAGUGCAACAGCACCAAAUAGAAAUUCGCAAAAAUCAACCCUGCUGAAGGUAGUGAUCCUAGGAGACGGUGGAGUCGGAAAAUCAUGCUUGAUGAACAGAUUCGUGUCGAAUCAUUUUGACGAACACAGCUUCCAUACAAUUGGAGUGGAAUUUCUCAAUAAGGACAUUGAGAUAAACGGCGAAGCUUAUACUUUGCAAAUAUGGGACACAGCUGGCCAAGAAAGAUUCAAAACACUGAGAACACCAUUUUACAGAGGCUCUGAUAUUUGUUUAUUAACUUACGCUAUUGACGACCGGACUAGCUUUAGAAAUUUAGCAUUAUGGAGAUCGGAGUUUUUGUACUAUGCAGAUGUGCAAGAAGGCUCUUUGUUCCCGUUUAUUGUCGUGGGUAACAAAGUUGACGUAGCAGAGUCUGAAAAACAAAUAACAACCGAAGAAGCACGUGCUUGGUGUGCAGAAAACGGUAACCCACCUUUAGUAGAAACGUCUGCUAAAAAUGCAACUAAUGUUGAAGCAGCUUUUGGUGCAGCUGUCGCAGCUUGGGCUAAACUAGAAGCUAGACUCGAACGUCCAAUUGUAGAGGAUACUAUUGAUCUCUCAAAGCAGCACUCGCCUCAACGUACUAGCUGCUGUAUGCCAUUGUCUAGUGCCGAGUAG